GCAUUUCUCAGGUACGGCUCACCAGGGGGACCAAAAAGAGACGGAAAUGUAAAGUAUGUGGCAGCCGCAGCGCAACGUUUCCAAAGCGACCUAAAAAUUAUCGGAGGGCAGCCACCGAACAGAGGCGUGCAGUAUGUUGUCUCCCCGCCCUCCUCUUCUCUGAGCUGCGGAAGUUUUCAUGUGUGUGCAUGCGGCCCGGACGGCGCCGGUCCUUUGUGUGGGAUGAUCGGAUCAGGAAGAGUAUGCAGUCCAUGGCCUGAAAUGAAGAGCAGCUGGUUAUGAUUGAGUAUUUCAGAAGACCUGGUUACAUUUAGAGACUGAAGACAUGAGGAAUGCCCAGCCUGCUGCACUGAACGGCUGAUUUACCCAGUCCAUGUUUGAGCUGCAUCACCGAGUUUAAACAUCAUUUAUCACAGCAGUCAGACACAUGCAGAUCUCCGACGAAGGUUAUCACCAUGUCUGUUAGUGCAACAGAGGGUGAUAUCCCAAGGUUCUUUGUGGGCUGUGAGGAAUCGGAUGAGGGGCUGGACCAAGAUAAAGCAGAAAAUGUAGAUAAUAUCUAUGACCACAUUGACGAUGAGGAUGAUGACGACGAUGAAGAAUAUGAUUCUCCCCCGGAGAGGCAGAUUGUGGUGGGAAUCUGUGCAAUGGCUAAAAAGUCCAAAUCUAAGCCCAUGAAAGAAAUCCUAGAACGCCUCUCGCUGUUCAAAUAUAUCACCGUCGUUACAUUUGAAGAAGACGUCAUUCUAAACGAAUGUGUGGAAAACUGGCCACUGUGUGAUUGCCUCAUUUCCUUUCACUCCAAAGGUUUUCCAUUGGAUAAAGCGGUUGACUAUGCAAAACUCAGGAUCCAUUUGUUAUCAAUGACCUUGAAUCUACAGUAUCAAAUUCAAGACCGGAGAGAGGUUUAUAGGAUCCUUAAAGAUGAGGGGAUCUUGCUACCUCGAUAUGCUGUCCUAAACCGUGAUCCAAACAAACCUGAUGAAUGUAAUUUAAUAGAAGGCGAGGAUCAUGUUGAGGUAAAUGGGGAAAUUUUCCAGAAACCCUUUGUGGAAAAGCCAGUAAGUGCGGAGGACCAUAAUGUUUACAUCUACUACCCGACAUCUGCUGGAGGUGGGAGCCAAAGACUUUUCCGAAAGAUUGGUAGCCGCAGUAGUGUGUACUCACCCGAAAGCAAUGUCAGGAAGACUGGUUCAUACAUUUAUGAAGAAUUUAUGCCUACUGAUGGCACUGAUGUAAAGGUUUACACUGUGGGACCAGAUUAUGCUCAUGCUGAAGCUCGGAAAUCGCCUGCACUUGACGGCAAAGUAGAGCGAGACAGUGAAGGAAAAGAAGUGCGGUAUCCUGUCAUCUUAAAUGCCAGAGAAAAACUAAUAGCUUGGAAAGUGUGCCUAGCUUUUAAGCAAACGGUUUGUGGCUUUGAUCUGCUUCGUGCAAAUGGCCAGUCUUAUGUUUGUGAUGUUAAUGGAUUUAGCUUUGUGAAGAACUCAAUGAAGUAUUAUGAUGACUGUGCAAAGAUUCUUGGAAAUAUCAUAAUGCGUGAGCUAGCCCCUCAGUUCCACAUUCCCUGGUCAAUACCGUUGGAAGCAGAAGAUAUACCUAUAGUUCCCACAACAUCUGGAACAAUGAUGGAGCUUCGUUGUGUUAUUGCAGUGAUAAGACAUGGUGAUCGGACACCAAAGCAAAAAAUGAAAAUGGAAGUAAGGCAUCAAAGGUUUUUUGAUCUGUUUGAAAAAUGUUUUGGCUACAAGACUGGGAAAUUAAAGCUGAAGAAACCAAAGCAGUUGCAGGAAGUCCUGGACAUUGCGAGGCAGCUUCUUGUUGAGAUUGGACAGAACAAUGAUUCUGAGAUUGAGGAGAGCAAAGCAAAGCUGGAACAGCUUAAAUCCGUGUUGGAGAUGUAUGGACACUUUUCUGGAAUUAAUCGAAAAGUUCAGCUGACAUAUCUCCCCCAUGGUUGUCCUAAGACAUCUAGUGAAGAAGAAGACUAUCGAAGAGAGGAGCCAUCACUACUUCUAGUCCUUAAGUGGGGAGGUGAACUGACUCCUGCAGGGCGAGUUCAGGCGGAGGAGCUUGGAAGAGCGUUUCGGUGCAUGUAUCCUGGAGGACAAGGAGACUAUGCUGGUUUCCCAGGAUGUGGCUUGCUCAGGUUACACAGUACUUACCGACAUGACCUGAAGAUCUACGCCUCAGAUGAAGGGAGAGUCCAGAUGACCGCUGCAGCUUUUGCUAAAGGCUUGCUGGCUCUGGAAGGUGAGCUGACCCCAAUACUUGUGCAGAUGGUGAAAAGUGCCAACAUGAAUGGUCUCUUGGAUAGUGACAGUGACUCAUUUAGCAGCUGUCAGCAUCGAGUGAAGGCACGACUUCAUGAAAUACUUCAGCGGGAUCGUGAUUUUAGUGCUGAGGACAAUGAAAAGCUGACUCCUACUGGAAGCAUAUCACAGAUUAAAUCCAUGCAGAUUGUAAAGAAUCCAGUGAAGACUUGUGACAAAGUGUAUUCAUUAAUUCAAAGCCUGACUUCCCAAAUUCGACUAAGAAUGGAAGACACCAAAUUUGCAGAUAUUCACCUCUACCACAGUGAGACUUUGGAGUUGAUGCUGCGUCGGUGGUCCAAACUGGAAAAAGAUUUCAAAACAAAAAAUGGAAGAUACGAUAUAAGCAAGAUUCCUGAUAUUUAUGAUUGUAUAAAGUAUGACGUGCAACAUAACUAUUCAUUAAAACUGGAGAGCACAAUGGAAUUGUAUAGGAUAUCCAAGGCACUAGCUGAUAUUGUCAUUCCUCAGGAAUAUGGUAUAUCCAAAGCAGAAAAACUGGAGAUCGCUAAAGGUUACUGUACACCUCUUGUUCGAAAGAUUCGCUCUGAUCUGCAAAGAACACAAGAUGAUGACACAGUAAAUAAGCUUCAUCCACUGUAUUCUCGCGGUGUGAUGUCUCCCGAACGGCAUGUGCGCACACGUUUGUAUUUUACCAGCGAAAGUCAUGUUCAUUCACUACUGUCAAUUCUUCGUUUUGGAGCGCUCUGUGAUGAGACGAAGGAUGAGCAGUGGAAGAGAGCAAUGGACUACCUGAACUUUGUGAAUGAACUGAAUUACAUGACACAGAUUGUUAUUAUGCUGUAUGAGGAUCCAAACAAGGAUCUGUCAUCCGAGGAGCGUUUCCAUGUGGAAUUGCACUUUAGUCCAGGUGCAAAAGGCUGCGAAGAGGAUAAGAACUUGCCUUCAGGAUUUGGAUACAGGCCAGCAUCCAGAGAGAGUGAAAGCUCCAAGAAACAUAUCCAUGGCAAUGACAGUGAUGAAGAUUCUGGCAUAUGCAGAAGAGAUGAGCCUGACAGAUCCAUGGUGAUGUUUAAACCUAUGAUUUCUGAUCCUAUUCACAUACACAGGAAAUCACCUUUACCGCGCUCCAGAAAGAUAGGUUCAGUGGAGGAAGAGAGCCCCCUGAGUGUGUCUAGCCCAGAGUGUAUCGGUACCUGGAUGCAUUACACCGGUGCUGUGGGUUCUGGGCGUCGAAGACGCAGAUCAGGGGAUCAAAUCACUUCUUCCCCUGUGUCCCCUAAAUCAUUGGCUUUCACAUCCAGUAUUUUUGGCUCAUGGCAACAGGUGCUAUCAGAUAACAAUAGCCAUCUAAGAGCAGCCAGAAUAUUGGAGCAGAAGCACAGUGGCUUAGGGUCUCACUGCGCGGGUCUGUUUAGUACUGCAGUGCUCGGGGCCUCCUCAAGUGCACCUAACCUUCUGGAUUAUGCUCGUGCUCAUCGUAAAAAGCUGACUACUCCUGGCUGCAUAGAUGACUCCACACGCAGCUCUGCUGUUAAAAGAUUUUCUAUCUCAUUUGCUCGACACCCAACCAAUGGGUUUGAACUGUACUCCAUGGUGCCUUCCAUAUGUCCUUUAGAGACUCUACACAACUCCUUGUCUUUAAAGCAGGUGGAUGAAUUCCUUUCUGCAAUCGCAGCUCCUUCAAGUGACUGUCUUCUGGAUACCCCCACCGAUUCUCCCUGUACUCCUGGUUUUCAUGUUGGUAGCAGAAAGGUGUCCUUGAACACAUAUACACCAACGAAAAUACUACCGACACCACUGUUUCCAAGCACGGACCUUGCCAAUUCAAACGCUUCUACUCUGCAUGGCAGUGGAGCAUCCAACACCAUAUCUGGAACUGACCUUGUCCAAGAGGAGAGAGAAUCCACUGAGGUCAAAGCAGAUGGCUGUAUACAAGCAACACUGAACCUGCAUCCCUGAUUACUUGCACUGCUUUAAAACUGGAGAAUGGGUUUACUUCAACCAUGUAUCUAUAUGCAAUAUAUUUAAAUAUUAUUUUUUUACUAUAGUCUCAGUUUGUAUAUACCGAUAAGACAGAUGAAUUGUACAUACAGUAUUUUGUGUUUACAAUAUGCUUAACCAUCAGACCAGAAGACUAUUCUUAAACUGCAUCCACUUUCAACAUGUGGCAAUACAAAUUCCAAAAUGUUGUUGCUUGUUAGACCUGAAUUAAAUGAGGUAAAUUCUUACCUGCUGCCAUUUUGAGAUCUGACCACAUGCUUAAUCAAAACAAGCUAGGAUGAAUGUUUAUAUAUAUAUAUAUAUAUAUAUAAUUUUUUUUUUUUUCUUUUAAAGCGGAGCUCUGUGCUAAAAAUAUGCUGUUUAUAAUAGUCAAACAUAUCUUUAUAUAGAAUCAUAUAAUUAUAUAAUAAAAAUCAGUUGCUGCUCUUUGUUAAAAUAGCUUUUGUGCAAUGCCCUACAAUCCCUCACUUACAGUAUCUUGAAAAAGUAUUCAAACUCC